ACCUCACUUUGAAUUGGCUCGCAGGCGCGUUCUUGCUGACACAGACGGCCAGUGCCAUGUCACAAAUCCAUCAACCGAACAUCCACCAUAUCCAUCAUCGCCAAAGGGCAUGUAUUAUGCAAUUUCACACAUCAUAGGUCCUGAUGCAAUUGAGUAAUGUCACUUACAUCAAUACCCUAGCCCGCGUCCCCUUUUUGACCAACAUAGAUCCGUCUACCCUCCCCUGCUCAGUUGCUCUCACCCAGCUCUGCUAUUCGGUCAGCCCAAGUCUGGACCAGUGUUUUCGUCGCACGGCCUAUACCGAGGAGUGUGCUCUGCUGCAAACUCUUGUUAGUUCUCUCUAAGUUAGCUGUCACUGCUUCCACACACAGAGACAGAAGCAAGAGAGGCAUCGACGCAGCAGCAAAGACGCCGAACAUACAGUCAGCAUGCCCCCCCAACCAGCAGCGCCGGCAAAGUCUACCGAGCCUGGCAUAUAUAGUGCCACAUACAGUGGUAUCCCCGUCUAUGAGUUUCAGUUUGGCUCAGAGCUCAAGGAGCAUGUAAUGCGACGGCGAUCCGACAAUUGGAUCAAUGCUACUCAUAUUCUCAAGUGUGCUGGCUUCGAUAAGCCUGCCCGAACUCGUAUUCUCGAACGCGAAGUCCAGAAAGAUGUACAUGAAAAGAUCCAGGGCGGCUACGGAAAAUACCAAGGCACAUGGAUACCCUUAGAAUCAGGGGAGCAGCUCGCCCGGAGGAAUAAUAUCUACGACCGACUUCAGCCUAUCUUCGAGUACACACCCGGUGGUGAAAGCCCGCCUCCUGCUCCUCGCCACACGAGCAAGCCCAAGGCACCUCGGAAACCCGCCGUACCCAAAUGGAAUAACAGCCUUCCACCGCCUCCGCAACAGCCGCCGAGAGAAGAAUUUGAGACGCAGAGUCAACCGAUCAACGAAGAUGAUACACCCGACAACAUUACUAUCGCUUCUAUGUCUUACAUGGCAGAAGACGACCGUCAUGAUCUAUCCCACUUUUCGACGGGUCAUCGCAAGAGGAACCGAGAUGAGACUAUCCAAGACCUUACGGAACAACAGCACUCCGUCUACGGUGACGAGCUGCUCGAUUACUUUCUCCUUUCCCGCAAUGAGGAGCCUACCUUCCGACCCGAACCUCCUCCAAACUUCCAACCUGACUGGUAUAUUGAUUCCGAACGGCAUAGCGCUCUCCACUGGGCCAGUGCCAUGGGAGAUGUCGAUGUCAUCAAGCAACUGAAGCGGUUUGGGGCAAAUCUAGGAGCUCAAAAUAUCCGAGGCGAGACGCCUUUCAUGCGGUCUGUUAAUUUCACCAACUGUUAUGAGAAGCAAACCUUUCCUGCGGUGAUGAAAGAACUCUUCGAAACCAUCGCCAUCCGCGACGAUACGGGUUGUACUGUGAUCCAUCAUGCUGCGAUCAUGAAGAGUGGUCGUGUACAGAGCCAAUCUUGUUCCCGGUAUUACCUAGACAGUAUCUUGAACAGGCUUCAAGAAACUCAUGAUGCCAAUUAUGUCCACCAGCUUUUAGACAUACAAGACCAGAACGGUAACACGGCCUUACAUCUAGCUGCGAAAGUGAAGGCAAGAAAAUGUGUGCGUGCACUUCUUGGUCGGGGAGCUGCAUCGGAUAUCCCUAACGUAGAGGGUGUUCGUGCUGAUGAACUCAUCAAAGAAUUAAAUGCAACCAGAAAUACGAGAGAGCGGGCCCCACAACAACGGUCUUCAUCACCGUUCGCUCCUGAUUCUCAACGCCAUGUUUCAUUCCGCGAUGCAUUAUCCGAUUCUGUCACAAAACUUGCAGUGUCGUAUAAUUCGGACGCAGCUAAUGCUAUCCAGAACAAGAUAACACCUUUAGUAUUCGAGAAAUUUCAAGAUUUAGCUCGGAAUUAUGAAGAGGAAUGGAAGGAAAAAGUCGAGGCUGAGAACGAGGCCCGUCGGUUAUUAGGCAACACACAAAACGAACUGUCUGCUGUACGUCAGCACAUCGCUGACUUGGAGGCUAGCCUAGAGGCACCAGAGGAGGCUGCGAAGGCGGUCAGCGAUUCCGCUCUAGCACAAGAGCAAGUCCUAUCUCUUCUAGCCAACCAGAGCCGGUACCAUAUACAAGCCUUUGUAGAGCAGAGCCUAGCCCUUAUGAAUGGGGACCAAGGUGAAGACUCGUAUGAGGACAGGCUGAGGCUCGCCCACGAGCUCAACGAACUUCUCCAGAAGCAGAGGCAGGCAGAACUGGAAUAUGUUGUUGCCCUGGGCCAAUCUGGCACAGGCGAGAAAAUUGACAAGUACCGCCGCCUCUUGAAGCAGUGUCUAGACCGCCAAAGCGCGGAGAACCUCGACACAACCAUUGAUGACAUAAUCGACUUGAUGGAGGAGGAGCGGAGCGAGGGAGCGGUACCGGGCCAAGGAGAGCCAAUGAUGUUAUGUUAGGGCCAUCAUGCAUCAUCAAGGCCCUUGUACAGUUGUAACAAAGAAGUGUCUUGUUCAUCAUGUGCGGCAAACGAUUACCACAAUUAAGGUAUGAUUAGAGUAUUGUGUUGUAUAUAAUGGGCAGGGAUAACCUCGGUUGAGGCAUGUGCAGACCGGGCUAUACUACCUGCCUACCUGCCUUAUCUUUCGCAAGCGACAACGAUUACCCAGGUAGACAAGAAAGAAAGAAAGCAAAGCAAACCCUAUGAGAUGAUGAUGAUGAUGAUCCACAGUAGUUAGUUACAAUGUGGUUACCAGCUAGCUGAAAGGAUUAGGUGACCACAAUGCUUAUGGUAUGUUAAAUUAAAUGACGUUGUCAUAUAAGUCACAUGCUCUUGUCAUUCAUGUAAUGAGGCUGACUACAUGUAUGUACGGUGCACGACAUGGACCCUUUUUUUCUUCUUAUUAUGGUUACUUAUCCAACUAUAUCUAUAUUUGUAUUAUCUCUUACGAUGCACUUAGGUCAGGUGCUUUAUAAAGGCGGUGAAAAAAAAAAAAAAAAAAAAAAAAGGCGCGC